UCAAAAUCAGCCGAUUUGUGUCAGUAGUGCAUGUUUACAAAUAGAGAGCGAAGAGAAUUGCAAACAACAUUUGUUUUGUCCUCAAUUUAUUGUCCUUUGGUGAUGGUUUAUUAGAUUCGCAUUGAAUCGGGACUAGUGUUUUUGGGCUACAAUUUUCUGAGGUUGCUAGCCAAAGUUUGAAACAACUUGACAAUCAUGGGAUCAGAACAAUCUCAUCAUCAAGCCGACGUACAAACCUCUCUAUCAAAUCAACCCAGAAGCGUUAAUGCAACGAGAUUGCAGCGUGGCAAUACGAUAGCUGUUACUACUGUUAGUAAACGACAUUAUGACGAUUCAUCCUCGCAAAGCAAUGACUCACGGCCUGUUUCGCCUCCAAUAAGUGUAUGCUCUGAUUCCGAUUUGCCAUAUAUAUCCUACACUGAUCGUCCAAUAGGAGAUUCACCAAAGAUUCGCAAUAAAAGUCAUUCGGGUUCCAGAAAUGUGCGAUCCAACUCAAUAUCUUCGACGACAUCACGUAAACCCAUUAAGUUGAAGCAGCGACCUGUAUCAACCGCUCAUAACAUUAUCGUUGUUAAACCAGCGAGUAAAGAACCAGACAGGGAUCCAGAUAUUGUUAGAAUUCAGAACAUUCCUAUGUUUCUUCCUGUGAUGCGCGGAACAUUAUCAGGUUCCUCUAGUCGUGAUCCUGAAAUUUUAGAAAGGCUUCAACCAAUUCAUUUUCAUAACAUUUGUAAUCGGAUGCUGACGCAUUAUAAUAUUUGUGCUUCUAAAGUCGCUGCAGAGCAACAACUAAUCGGGAACAAAAUAAAAGAGGUCGAUCAUCGUAUAGCAAAAUUAUUUGCUGCAUACGUGGAAAAACAAAAAGCUUAUGCAGUUUAUGCUGAACAAUUUUCCAAAAUUCGAUCCAUAUCCCAACACUUAACCAGGUGCAAUAAUUUACUGAACCAGAAUAUUGAAAGUUUAGAGGCUUUGAACAAUAUGCUCGAUGUCGAGGAUAGAUUAGAACCGUUCGUAUGGAAAACUGAUUAGGUACAACUCAAAAAUUUGCGUGCAAUGAGUGUGAGUUCCAUUUAAUAUCGCUUUUCUGCUUGGAAAGACCAAAUGUAAUUUAUUAUUUAAAUGUUGCGUCUUUGUAUUUAUGUGAAGCAUAUUUAAAUAAUGUCUCUUCAAAUUAAUUAGCUUUAGGGAAAAAAUUCAAAUAAAUAGUAACAAUUGAA